AUGACUUCACUGUCGGGGACCAAGGAGAGGUCUGUGAGCAGCCGGAGCAGAAAAUAUGGGGUGCCCGACACUUCCCCCACCAAAUCUGCCUCCUUUUUUCCAGACACAUGGUACCGAAAGGCUUAUGAGGAAACCUCACGGUCCAGCAUGCGGCCCACCCCGGAGGGUGCCGGCUCCAUGCCGAGCUCCACAGGUACCCCAUCUCCUGGAUCAGGAAUCUCCUCACCAGGGUCAUUCUCUGGAUCACCAGGGACCAUCUCACCUGGGAUUGGCACAGAAUCUCCGGGUUCUCUUGGUGGCUCCCCAGGUUUUGGGACGGGAUCCCCAGGAUCAGGCAGUGGAAGUUCCCCUGGUAGUGAAAGAGGGAUAUGGUGUGAGAACUGCAACGCUAGGCUGACAGAGCUGAAAAGACAGGCAUUGAAACUGCUCAUCCCUGGACCUUACUCCAGCAAGGACCCCUCCGUGUCUCUCCUCCUCCAUGAUAAGCUUCAGGUGCCCAACAGUUCUCGGCGAGCAUGGAACGAACGUGACAGUCGCUGUGAUGUCUGCGCCACUCACCUCACUCAGCUCAAACAGGAAGCAGUGCGCAUGGUCCUCACACUCGACCAGUGGGAUCUGUCUCCCACCUCUUCCCCUUCUUCUCUGAUUGGACGAUAUGGAUCUCAGGGACCCCCAGGACCAAUAGGAGCAUCUGGAUCACGGGAAUGGCCUCCCCCCUUUUCUCCCCUUCUUCCUCCUCAGCUACGGCUGCCCAUUUCACACCCUUCCUCCCAAUUACCUUCCCCAAGCCCCAGUCAGACACCAACACCCAGCCCAAGCCAUGGACCAUCCAACCCCAGCCAUGGGAGUCCCUCAGCUGAACAAACAUCCAGCUGUGCUCCCACAAACCAACAACCUCAAGGCCCAGGGCACAGACUGGUGUCCAAGCCCAGCUCCCUUGGGCUUGGAGGUGGGAUGGACAGAAGAAAUGGGUCCCCCAGUUCAGGAAAAGCAGCAAGUGCUCAACAGCAGCCUGUAACUGGAGUAAACAGCUCUGGCAAUAAUGGUAGCACCAGCAGUAAUAAUGGGACUGGAGCAGUACUGAGUACAGCAGCUUUACAGGCACAUCAGCACCUGAGCCGAACUAAUGGAGGAGUUACACUCUAUCCGUACCAGAUCUCUCAGAUGAUCUCGGAGGCUUCCAGGGAAGGUUUGAACGAAGCUGCCCUGAACCGCUACAACACACACUCACCCUCACACACAAAUUCACCAUCACACACAAACUCUCCCUCUCACACUCCAGCUGUAACCACGACGGCACCGACCACCACCUCUGCUGCUGCCUCUUUCUUUGCCAGAGCUGCACAAAAGCUGAAUUUAGCAUCCAAGAAGAAGAAGAAGACAGCCGCUGUUACGGCGCCAGUGACAUCAUCAUCACCCUCGUGCGAUCCCCCUCUGUUCCCGACCAAUUUUAGCUCCGCCCUGCUGAUGGCCCCGCCCCCAGCUCCACCCUGCCUUCUCCGUGCAGUUAACAAGAUCAAAGACACCCCUGGGCUUGGCAAGGUGAAAGUGAUGGUCCGUGUGUGUCCAGUGUCCCGGUCGGAUGCAACUGAGUCCAGUUCCUUUCUCAAAGUGGAUCCCAGGAAGAAACAAGUCACUAUCAUGGACCCCUCAGCCAAUCAGACAUCAAGUACUGCCUCCCAGAAAAGGGCAGGCGCAAAUCAGGUCCCUCCAAAGAUGUUCAGCUUUGAUGCUGCGUUCCCUCCUGAUGCAUCACAGGCGGAGGUGUGCGCGGGAACGGUUGCCGAGGUGAUUCAGUCGGUGGUGAAUGGAGCAGAUGGCUGUGUCUUCUGCUUUGGACACUCCAAGCUGGGCAAAUCCUACACGAUGAUUGGCCAGGAUGACUCUCUUCAGACUAUGGGUAUAAUCCCCUGCGCUAUCUCCUGGCUGUUUAAGCUUAUUGAUGAGAGAAAGGAGAAAACAGGAGCUCGCUUCUCUGUUCGUGUGUCUGCUGUCGAGGUUUGGGGAAAAGAGGAGAACCUUAAGGACUUGCUGUCUGAAGUGGCUACAGGCAGCUUACAGGAUGGGCAGUCACCUGGAGUCUACCUGUUUGAAGACCCCAUCUGUGGCAUGCAGCUCCAGAACCAGUCAGAACUGCGAGCUCCGACCCCAGAGAAGGCAGCCUGGUUUCUGGAUGCAGCCAUAGCAGCUCGACACAGUAGCAGACGUCCCAACACCACAGAGGAAGAACACAGGAACUCACACAUGCUGUUCACGUUACACAUAUACCAGUAUCGCAUGGAAAAGACAGGCAAAGGAGGAAUGUCAGGAGGUCGCAGUCGACUCCACCUGCUAGACCUGGGCAGCUGUGAUGUCAAAGUACUUGGAGGUGGAGGUGGAGGAAGCGGGAAAAGCAGAGAGAGCUCUUCACCUAGCUCAGCCCCUCUGUGCCUUUCUCUGUCAGCCCUUGGAAACGUGAUCCUGGCCCUGGUCAACGGGAGCAAACACAUCCCAUACAAGGAUAGCAAGCUGACCAUGUUGCUAAGGGAGUCGCUAGGCAACAUGAACUGCCGGACUACCAUGAUUGCUCACAUCUCUGCCUCACCCAGAGAUUUCUCAGAAACCCUCUCCACGAUCCAGAUUGCAUCCCGUGUCCUCCGCAUGAAAAAGAAGAAAACUAAAGUCACUGUGCAAUACACCUCCAGCUCCUCUGGAGGAGAGAGCUCCUGCGAGGAGGGUCGUAUGCGUCGCCCGACCCAUCUGAGACCUUUCCAUCACCGUGGUGACACUGACUCAGACCUUCCAUUGCUGCGCCUGUCCAGUGACCCUGACGAGUACUCGAGCAGCGAGCAGUCAUGUGACACAGUGAUCUAUGUGGGCCCGAACGGGGCAGCGGUAUCGGAUAGAGAGCUGACGGACAAUGAGGGACCACCAGAAUUCGUGCCAAUUAUUCCUGCUCUGCUUCGAGGUAAAACAUCAGAGCAGCAUCAAACACAAAGUCCGGCAGUCGGAGCCCAGAACAAGGUGCAGUCUCAGCCAGAGUGUCAGGACCAGCCCAGUGGCCCUUCUCAGGCCCUGUCCCAGCCCGCUCCGUCACUAUUAGGGCAGCCAUUGGCCCCCGUCCCAGAGGAGGGAGCUGAGUGCCUAAAAUGCAACACUUUUGCUGAGCUGCAAGAGAGAUUGGACUGCAUUGAUGGCAGCGAGGAGGUGGCAAAGUUUCCCUUUGAAGAAGUUUCAGCUUGCAAACCAGGUGCCAAACAAGAGCCAUGUCCACCUUCAACCGUUUCAACCUCAUCUCCUUCUGCUCCAGGCUCUGCUGCUGCAGUGGACACAGAGACCAAAACUGGCUCCGCAUGUGCCGUAGGAGGUGCAGUGCAGUUUACCUUCCCCUCAGCAGCAGCAUCCCCUAGGAGGAGAACCAAUGACCAGCAACUGCAGGAGAUUAAGGAAGUGGUGGAGGAGGCGGAGCUGGCCCAGACAAUGAUCCACAGCCUCACUCAGAGUUCUGGUUCCCCCAUAGUUACUGGUUCCAGGAGUGUGACAGGAAGCAGUAGCAUCACCUCUAACCCUCUGCACAGGGCUAAGAGCUCCCACCUGCAUGACAGUCAUGAGAGUCUGAAUGUGGGCAGUAACAGUGAUGGGAAGGCUCGCCCACUGGGAUCACCACGCCUCGGAAUCGCCAGUCUGACCAAAACCUCAGACUACAGGCCUCCGUCCUCCCCGUCACAGCGGUGUAAAGUGUAUACUCAGAAGGGCGUGAUGCCAGCAACACCCCCCUUGUCCUCACACACUUUGGCUCAGGACGGCCAGGCUACAGAUGCUUUAACCUCAGACAACAGUUUGGCUGCAGACAGUGGCCGUUCCUCCACUGAGUCCCUGCUGUCCAGGACUUCUCCUGUGGGCAUGAGCCCACAAGUUCGAGAGCCAACUCCAUCUCUGUCUGCCAGCCUUGGCUCAGCUGAGACACUCUGUGACGAUGAUGUCCCUCCAAUACCCUUGGACACUCACAAGGAUGUGUCAGGGCCAGCAGUAUCUGCAGGAACAGUUGGACUUCUUGGGGAGGAUGAACUGGUGUACACUGUGGCCUCUGGAGGUGAAGAGGAUAUUGAUGUAACAGCUCUCAUGGAGACUCAAGGCCUGACCUGUCGUCCAACGAGCAUCAUCAACUUCAACACUAACUGUUGCUCUGUCACCGCCCUCGCAUCAGGCUCUCAACCCAUCUGCUUUAUCAGAGGCACUGCUGAGGAUGGAGCUGUGGAGGAUUAUCAUAUGCCUGCAGCUCCUGCAACAACCUCUGGGGUCACAGAAGUGGUUGCCAUGGCAGAGGUGGCAAUGGCCAAGCUUCGUAAAGAGGGUGAGGCUUUAGCCUCAGCGAUGUCUAAUUGUGGUUCCCCCAUCUCCUCCUGGAUGAGUGAUCUGAGUGUGGGCAGUGAGGCUGACCAGUCUCUCCACAGCUUCAGCCAGUCCCAGAGUCAGCAAGGGGAGGCCCUAGCUGAACCUGAACCCAACCAAAGCCUCUCCUUUGGAGGGGAUUAUUCUCCUUAUGAAAGCUGUGGCAGCUCGAGAAGAGGGAGUCUGGAAGGAGAGGUUGUGCUGUCUGAGAACGGGAGUGAUAAGGGAACUCCAACCAAGGACAGGCUGAGGAAACUGCCUCCCUCCAUGCCUAAAACUACCAUCCAAUCUCUGACAGGACCUUGUAACCUCUCUCCUUUCAAGGCCACGAUCAGUGUUCACCCAUGUGUGGCUGUCAAACCAAUGCUCAUACAGGAACCCACCAUCCUCUCCUCACCCACCAAGGCCAACUUAAUCAAAGACCCAGUCAAAUUCAGUGCACCUCUUUUAGCGUCCAUGUCCAGUGAUAUGAGCUUUGAAGAUCCUUGGUUGAAGCGUGGCAUGGAGGAGGGGAGGUCAAGGGACCUUGUGUGUGAAGUGAAACCAGAGAAAAGGGAAAAGACUGGAGCUGGGAGUGGGGACCAGCAUGGCUUCUGCAAAGAUGGAGGGGAUCAUGGUGGUUCCAGUUCAGGUGGGGAAGUUGUAUCAUCUCCAGAUUCCUUUAAGAGAGUGGUGGAUGGUUGUGAGAUGGUUGUUGUUGUCGCCCAAGGAGAAUGCCUGACUAAUAUCUACAGUACAGACAUCCACCGUACUGCCAGUCUUCCCCGUGGCUGGCACCGUCUAAACCGCCAUGAUGGCUUAGAUAACGGAACUGAGUACCGAAAUCUUGGUGUCACAACUUCAACUCCUUGCAGUCCCCGGGCCACACUUGACCGCCGUGGAUCAACUGGGAAACUUGGCUUUUUCUCCCACAAGAAGGGGGGAAUCCCACCUCUGCCUCCGGUACGGAAGUCCAGCCUCGACCAGAGGAACAGAGCAGCCAGCCCGCUUCACCAGACCAGCCACGGGCUCUCACUGCUGGGCAACUCAGAGGAUGAUGCAAGUAUCACCAGACAGCGGGGCUCCAGCAUAGACAGCAGUCGACUUUUCAGCGCCAAGUUGGAACAACUUGCAAACAGAACCAACUCUCUGGGCCGAGUCCACAGCUCACACAGUGGUUCCCAUCACUAUGACUGCUUCUCCCUGGAGAGAGGGGAGAGCCUGAGAGGAGGAGGAAGAUUGAGGGGGGACAGCACCAUGCCUCGUACUGGGCGCAGCCUCACCCGUGCUGGAUCAGUAUCUUCUCCUACUGGAAAUACCAACAGCCCUAGUUUCAGUGCCAGUCCUGGCCAAAGCAGCAACCCACAGUCACCAUCCAAAACCAGUGGCCAGUCAAAGAUCUCAGCUGUCAGUAAACUGCUGAUGACCAGCAGUCCCAAGGCCAGGAGCCUAUCUGCCUCCAGCACCAAGACUCUGAGCUUUUCUACCAAGUCUGUAAGCCAAACUGCCAGCCGCAGCUCCAGCCUUCCUCCUAAUGGAAAGCCUCAGAGCUCAGUCCAGAGCCCAGUCCAGAGCCAUCAGCAGCAGCAGGGACCUUCUCCUGGAUCCUGGUCUACCCAGUCUCUGAGCCGCAGUCGGGGGGGAAGCCUGGCUGCUAAGCUGCCUCUGCGGGCGGUCAACGGUCGAAUCUCAGAGCUCCUCCAGGGAAGUGCAGGUUCCCGCGCCAGGAGUCAUUCCCAGGGAGGUGGCACAGAUCCUGUGGAGGAAAGAGGAGUUGGAGGAGCAAGUGGAGGGGGAGCUGGAGCUGCAGCAGGAGGUGGUGGCGGAGGUGGCCUGGCAGAGGAGAGGGCAGCAGUGGUCCAAACCCUCCCCUCUCCUUACAGCAAGAUCACAGCUCCCAGAAAACCACAUCGCUGCAGCAGCGGUCACGCCAGCGACAACAGCAGUGUACUGAGUGGUGAGCUACCCCCAGCUAUGGGGAAGACGGCCUUGUUUUACCACAGUGGAGGCAGCAGUGGCUAUGAGAGCAUGUUGAGAGACAGCAGUGAGAACACAGGAAGCACAUCUUCUGCUCAGGACUCACUCAGUGAGCACAGCUCAGCAACCACUUCGUCCAGACGCAGCUCCAAGAGCAGCAAGAAGAGCAGGAGUAACACAGGUCUCCAGCGUCGUCGUCUGAUCCCAGCACUGACCUUGGACUCUUCCUCUUCUUCACCUUCUCACCGCUCCUCCAAACAGGCCAACACCUCCUCUUCUUCCUCCUCCUCCAGCCCAGGUGCAUGUUGGGUAGAUGGCCCACUGGGGCCACCUGCUCCCACAAACCUCCGGGGUGCAGCUGCAACGACAGAAACCUUUGAGAUCAAGGUGUAUGAGAUAGACGACGUUGAGCGACUGCAGAAGAGGAGAGAUAAAAACAGGGAACAAGAGGUGGUGUAUGUCAGUGCCAAACUUCGUCUGUUGGAGCACCGCCAGCAGCGCAUCAGUGAGGUGCGAGCCAAGUACCAGUGUCUGAAGAAAGCGGAACAAACCAAACAGUACCUGAUGCUGGAACCACAUAAAUGGACCACUGAGUUUGAGCUACAGCAGGUCUAUGAAGUGGACUCACUGGAAUAUUUGGAAGCUCUGGAGACGGUGACGGACAAACUGGAGACCAGAGUCAACUUCUGCAAAGCCCAUCUCAUGAUGAUUACCUGCUUUGAUGUGUCCUCAAGACAUCGGUAG